UUCAUUGAUCAAACGACUGACUAACAGAAACCAAUAUACGUACACACUCGGGUUGUCCAAGACUGGCGUCAUACCCGAAGACAGAAAGCGAAGAUGGCCGACACGAAGAUGAACCGGGUUAGAGUCACAGCAUACACCUGUGCAGUUUUAUGUUGCUUAUUUCUAACAGGAUGCUGCAGCGACCAGGUACCGUUGAUAAUGUGGUCCAGCGGAGGUGUUCCCCUGGGCUCUGUGGCUCCUCCAGCAGUGGGCCAUGUUGUGUCCAGUUCCCAGCUGGUCUCCUACCUGAACGAUGCCCUCAGUGGAGCUCCACACAACGUGCUGCUCUUCCUGCAGGAGAAGCUGAGCUUGGAUGACUUUACCAUGUAUGGAGGUGUGUUUGGGAACAAACAAGACAGUGCCUACCAAAACCUGGAGUCAGCCCUCCAGUCUUCACCGCCUCCUUCCUCCUUGGUUUUGCCCAUGGUGUCGUGGCCGGGGGUCAGCGCUGUCCCUGGCCUCCUGCAGGAGCAGCUGGGCACCUCCCCUCUGUACCUGGAGCCUGCCACCCUCGCCCAACUGCGCCUCAACGCCUCCGCCCCUGCCCUGCUGAUCAUCCGCCUGCCCUACAGCCCAGGGGCUGACAUGAUGUCCCCUAAGGAGGUCCUCAGCGGUAAUGAUGAGGUGAUUGGGCAGGUGCUGGACAUUGUGAAGGAGCAGGGAGUUCCAUACACUGCCAUCUACACUGCACUCAAACCUUCACGGGUGAUAGGGGAGGAGAUAUCUCCAGAGCUCCGGUCUGUAGGCCGUUCCUUGCUGCAGGUUAGCCCCAGCACCCCCUACCCCCCCGUGGAGUUUAAGAGUGAGGGAUCCAGCUGCAUCUUGCUGUGGGCAGAGAACCUCACCAUCAGCUUUUACAACAAGGAUAGAAGUGCCUGGGAGAGACACGACCUGACCCCACAAACCUUCGGCCACUCUGUCACCCCCUCGCUAACGGGCUCCUCCUGUAACCACAGCCUCUCCAGGCUCGUCCUUAAUUAUGAGAACGUCCUGGGAUUCGGCUCCUUCCGCUUGAUCUUUGCCAUGAGCCGGCGGUUCUACAGGGUUUCGGCGCGGGAGUGGUUCACUCUGGACCAGGUAGAGCUGGAGUACGACGGGCAGAAGGCCACCUUCAACGGCAGCCGCAACAUCAACGCCCCGGCGGAGUUCUCCUACCACUGCGAAUCGGUCACCAGCUUCCGCUACGCGCUGCUGGUGCCCCGCACGGCCAGCGACAAUGCCAACCAGUGGAGGCUCUCCUUUAACCACUUCCAGAUCCAGGGCUUUGGGGUGAUGGGGCAGGACUUCUCCUAUGCCAGCGACUGUGCCGGGUUCUUCACGCCAGGCAUCUGGAUGGGCCUGCUGACGUCUCUGCUGAUGGUGCUCAUCCUGACCUACGGCCUGCACAUGAUCACACAGCUCCGAACCAUGGACCGCUUCGACGACCCCAAAGGGCCUGCCAUUUCUGUACCCCAGAACGAGUGACCUUCCCCUGAAUAACUGACUCCCAAAACAACUGACCUGCCACAGGUCAACUGACACCCAGAACGACUGACCUGCACCGGACAAACUCGCAUCCAGAACGAAUGAACUGCACCAGACCAACUGACACCCAAAACAACUGACCUGCCACAGACGGACUGACACCUUGAACAACUGACCUGCCACAGAACAACUGACACCCAGAACAAGUGACCUGCAGCAGCCCAACUGACACCCUGAACAACUGACCUGCCACAGAGCGACUGACACCAGAAACAACUGACCUGCCACAGAACAACUGACACCCAGAACAAGUGUCCUGUCACAGACCAACUGACACCCAGAACAACUGACCUACCACAGACCGACUGACAGCCAAAACAGCUGACCUGCUGCAGUACAACUGACAUCCAGAAUGAGUGAGCGGCACCAGCCCAACUGACACCCCGGACGAUUGACCUGCCACAGAACUGAUACCCAAUACGAGGAACCUGCACCAGACCAACUGACAUCCAGAACAACUGACCUGCCACAGGCCAACUGACACUCAGAAAAACUGACCUGCAGCAGAACGACUGACACCCAGAACGAGUGACCUGCCGCAGAAGACUGACAUCCAAAGCGAGUGACCUGCACCAACCCAACUGACAACCCAAAUGAUUGACCUGCCCCAGAACAACUGACAACCUGAACGAAUGACUUGCACCAGAACAAUGGACACCCAGAAAAACUGACCUGCCCUCUUCCUGCCCCAGAACAAGUGGCAAGAUCAUGCCCUCCUCUCCUUAUGCACAGAUCUGUCCAGCUCUAUUUUUUCCUCUCUUCCCCAGUAUAAUAUUUCUGCUUUCUGUUUGUCUUCCUGCUUUCCAAAAUGAUCUGUUUCCCUCAGGUUUCAGACUUCCCCAUUUAGAGGUGGGUAAGAGACGAUCACCAUUGAGUUGAAACCUCCAGAUUGCAAGUGUAGAAUAUUUAUGGCUAAUCCUUGCGGUGUUUGUUUGUGGAACUCUUUGAAAAAGGCUUUGUUAAAACUCUGGGGUGUUUGAUAAACAUUACGUAUUACCUGUGGAAUUCUGUAUCUCCGGGAGCCACUGCAGGUGUGUUGUUGGAGAGGGCAGAUCUUUCAUAUCUAACGGCUGAAAUCCGUUUUCCUCAUAGCUGUUGUAAGUGAGAUCUUGCACGGUACCUAGAUCUGAUGGAUACCGCAGUGGCUCUGGGGUUCUUAGAGAAUAUUUGUAAAUAUAAAGAGAUUAAUAUAAUGUGUGGGCUGUGUUUGCAUGUGAAAUGUUAUUUGUACAUUUCUAGUUCUUGAUUUUGUUUUAUUGUCUGUGGUGUAGAUGAGAUUCCAGUACAGUGUUGCUGAAGUGGAUCUUUAGUGAUAAUCUAUCUGAAUUAUUUACUGCUUUAAUAGAAUUCUUCAGCACAAACAACUAUUUAUGGUUCAUUAUUAGAAAAUUUCAGACUGCAGGAUACUUAUAACAGGCCCUUGUUGAGGGGAUCUCAACCUCUUUUUAAAUUCAGAUGCAGAAAAGAAAAUGCAGGAUCUGUAAAACACGCACUAUUAUUGGAAAUAUGUCUCAUUGUGUUUUACUUUGUCACGGUUUUCUGUUUAUUUACUAGUUACAGGAAAAUUCUGUUAUCUGUUCAAUGACAGCAGUUAUAGAGACAUACAGUCGUAGCCUUCAGCUAAAUUAGAGGGAAAAAUCAUCACAGAAAACGGGAUGUGAAAUACAAUGAAUAUAUACUGUUUUUUUCCCUUUCUGUUGUAUCUGCUGAAUAGACUGACUUGCCAUUUAUAUGUGUAUAUCUGUAGUGGUUCUGUCAACUCAGUGUCUGAAAACUGAAUUAAUAUUUGUCAGAAAAAUUCAACACACAAAAUCUCCAGAACUCAGAUAUUUGGGAGAACUGUCAAAUAAAUAAAGUUUCAGUAUAAA